AUGUGUGCAUGUGUGUGUGUGUGUGUGUGUGUGUGUGUAUGUGUUUAUGUAUGUGUGCAUGUGUGUGUGUGUGUGUGUAUGUGUGCAUGU